GGCAGGGGCUGCGGGUCGGGAGUGAGGGGCACCAGCAGACCUCAGGAGGGUGUUAAUAUCCCCCCACAAUCAACGGAGCCGCAGCCCCGAGGCAGGCUGUGCUUUGGAAGAUGGCUCCGUUCAUCCUCGCCCGCUUGCUGUUGCCAUGGUUUCCAUUCACAGGCGGCGUGGGGGGGGCGGCCGUGAGCAGCACAGAUAACAAGUGGAUCCCUCAGCUGAGUCCCUGCCGCAGGACCGACCCCGAAUCCACUGGACCCAAGAGGCUGCAGCAGAACUCCGGUAUCACAGAUCCACCGUGGGACCGAGGCCCGGGUCUGGGAGCAACAGGUCUCUUUUGGGAAGUGAGGGGUUAAGGGCAGGAACGGUGCUAAGCUGUGCUUACCCUCACCUCCAGCACUCAGCUGUGCCUUGGUUUCCCCAGAUUCAGCUGGGUGCUGAGCCACAGCCCCACAGCAGUGUGCCCCAGUUUCCCCAUUUCAGGUGCUGGCAGCCAAAGCCACGUUAAUCUCUGCCCAGUGCCCUGCACCACAGGGAAGGCCAAUCUCACUCAGGGCCCUCACGGCGCCCAGGGCGACGGGGCCCUGAUCUCGGUCAGGCCUUGAUCUCGGGCCGUCCAGGCAGGGCUCUCUGAGGAGGGCAGAGGGCGUGGCGUCGGACGGCAGGUGGAAAACGGGAGCAAGUUCCUCUUGCAUGAAGCCUGGCCUGCGAGGUCUGCUUGGAGCCCCGAGUGGCGGCUGGGCCUGUCUCCUUCCCUGCCCGUCUCCGAUAGCACCCAGAUGCCCCCCGUGCCCCAGCUCCAUCCUGGACUCAGGCCCUUCUCCGCCCACCCCAGCCUUGGCAGCCUCAGGCAGCGGCUGCUGGAGAGGAAGCCACUCCCCAGAUCGGGGGACGCCUCCCCGCGAAACUGCCAGGGGCUGGAGCCGUGACCCUGCGCUGCCCUCGCUCACUAAAUCUGCCCUGCUGGCAGCUCCUUCCCUCACCGCCCCCCUUGUGCUGCCGGGCCACCCCCACACGCACAGAGGACAGCGGCGGGGCGUCCGCGGUGCCUCGUGCCCGCCAGGCACCGGCUGGCCCCUCCGGGGGCGGAUGGGAGGACGGUGACCUGAGCCCAGGCGGCCGCCUUGCCAGCCGGCGUCCACGCAGGCCUGUGGCGCCGUGGGACGGGAUUGGCUUGUACCACGUUUCCAGCCCCCCGCCGAUGCCCCCACCAGCCCCAUGGAAGCCGUGGCGAAAUCCACCCUGUGGCUCCGCGGGGAGCUGGCGUCCCCGGCCCCCCGGCUGCACAUCCUGGAUUGCCGCAGCCGGGAGUGCUACGACUCCUGCCACGUGGCCCGGGCGCUGAGCGUGGCCCUGCCGGGGCUCCUGCUGCGGCGUCUGCACAAGGGGAACCUCUCAGUCCGCUCGCUGCUCCCGCCCGCGCCGGGCACCGUCCUGCUGUACGACGAGGCCACGGCCACGCUGCCGCGCCCCGGCCGGGACGACGAGGAGUCGCUGCUGGCCACGCUGCUGCGCAAGCUGCGGGAGGAAGGCUGCACGGCGUAUUACCUCCAAGGGGGCUUCUCCAAGUUCCAGUCCGAGUGGCCAGAUCACUGCGAGACCAGCCUGGAGGUGCCCGGCGCCAGCAGCUCCCCCGCUCCUACAGGGACCCCGGUGGUGGGCCUGGGGGGGCUGAGCCUGGGUUCGGACGGGGACUCGGGACCCCUAAGCAGUGGGGGGGUGGACUCUGAGGCGGCCAGUCCCCCAUCCUACCCGGUGCAGAUCCUGCCCCACCUCUACCUGGGCAGCGCCCAAGACUCGGCCAACAUGGAGACGCUGGCACGGCUGGGCAUCCGCUAUGUCCUCAACGUCACCCCCAACCUGCCCAACCUCUUCGAGGAGCAGGGCGGCUUCUGCUACAAACAGAUCCCCAUCUCGGACCACUGGAGCCAGAACCUGGCCCGCUUCUUUCCCGAGGCCAUUGCCUUCAUUGACGAGGCGGUCUCCCAGAACUGCGGCAUCCUGGUUCACUGCCUGGCAGGCGUGAGCCGCUCGGUGACCGUGACGGUGGCCUACCUCAUGCAGCGACUCAACCUGUCGCUCAACGACGCCUACGACUUGGUCAAGCGCAAGAAGGCCGACAUCUCACCCAACUUCAACUUCAUGGGGCAGCUGCUGGACUUCGAGAGGGAACUGGGGCUGGCCGAGGGAUCACCAGCGACCCCUGGAGCCCCCGACGGGAGCGGCCAGACGCUCACAUCCUCCCCAGGCUGCUUCUUCACGCCGCCACCCUCCGAAUGUGAGGAAGAGGAUGGCAGCUUCCAACAUUACCCCACAUAGCCCUUGCCAUCCCCCAUGAGCCCCAUGGCUAAUCUAGGCAUCGGUGGGAUUACCAGGGGAUGUGUGGCUAACCUAGCCUUGGCAGGAUGCUAGAACCCACAGGGAUGAAUCUAGACCUGCCUUUUCUGGGAUCUGUGUUCUGGAGCCAGGUCUGGAACCUGCAGCUCUGGAAUAGGGACGCAGAAUCUGUAAUUAACUUCCUUGUUUGGACUUUUGAUUCUGGAACUACAAGGAAAAGAAAACCCAGUGAAGUCAUGCUGGAGCCUAGAACUCAUCACUCAACAGACGGGAGCUUGAGUGCCAUGCCAGGUCUGGACCUCUAGAAUUCAACUGUGCCCCAGAGCCAUCAGAACAUGAAGCUAGAACCUGCAUCAACUACCUUGUUUGGACAUUUGGUUCUAGAGAUUCAAUUAGGAGAAUGUUAAGCCAGUAAACGACCAUGCUGGAGCAUAGAAUGUGCAGCUAUAGAGGUGGAUUAAGAGAUCUUGAAUGCUAAUGCCAUGUCUGAAAUAUGGGCCUCUAGAAUGUAGGAGAUCAGCUGCACCUAGAAUCUGAUUGCUCCAGAACUACCAUUUCAAAACCACAUGCCAGCUCUGGAAUCAAGAAUUGGCCAGUAGUUCUAGAGCCAUAAUAAGAAUUAGAAGCCACCAAGGUGGAGUCUAGAACCUGCAGUUCUAGAAGUGGAUUAAGGAAUCUACAGAACCAGGUCUGGAAUAUGCAUCUCUAAAACAAAGACAGAGGACCUGUAUUAACUCCCUUCUUUUGAUCUAAAGCCACAAUGAGAGUUAUAAGACACUGAGCUACCAGUCCACAAUCUAGAUCCUGCAGCUCUAAAAGUGAGUGAAGGAAUCCCCAUUAGCCAGUGCCAGGUCUGGAACAGCAGUUCUGGAACCAGGAUCCAGAGCCAACACUUACCUGCCUUGUUUAGACCUUUUUGGUUCUAAAGCUACCAAUCUACUAUGCAAAAAGAAAAGGAGGACUUGGGGCACCUUAGAGACUAACCAAUUUAUUUGAGCAUGAGCU